AUUACGCGGUCCAAGCGUCAGAUAGGUCCGACGGUCCUAGGAAGCCCCUCUUCUUAUUUCAUAUAUUUUUAUUAGCGAUAAAGGCGACUGAAGCGCUGAAAUUCACGAUCGGGGACAACAAUUGUGAAAAAAGAGAAACAUUUAAAAUGAUUGCCGGUUAGCAUUCGGUCCCCGUCAUUGCACCUUUGUUAUGAUUUGGCGUUGAUGUCGGCGCUGUUUACUGUGCAGCCUGUUAAGUUCCUCUGAAGGGUGGUCUAUAUCUGGAGCCUCCAGCCGUGCGCUGCCUAAAUAUUAGGCAGAACAUUCACACUGUAAUUCUUUUAUAGCGUGUGGUGGCGGCAAGCCAAUCAUUUAAUCUGGAGCAGGACACGGAGGAGAGUGUGGCCAUGACGGGAGAGACCGCUGCCACCCUUCCCAUGAGCAACCACACCCGAGAGAGGGUGACCGUGGCCAAGCUGACGCUGGAGAACUUCUACAGCACCCUGCUCACCCAGCAUGAGGAGCGCGAGAUGAGGCAGAAGAAGCUGGAGAAGGCCAUGGACGAGGAGGGCCUGCCAGAUGACGAGAAAGUCAUGCGGCGCUCACAGCAUGCCCGCAAGGAGACCGAGUUCUUGCGACUGAAGCGGACGCGACUUGGCUUGGAUGACUUUGAGUCCCUUAAAGUUAUUGGACGGGGGGCUUUUGGAGAGGUCCGUUUGGUGCAGAAGAAAGACACGGGGCACAUCUACGCCAUGAAGAUCCUGCGGAAGGCCGACAUGCUGGAGAAGGAACAGGUUGCCCAUAUCCGGGCAGAGAGGGAUAUUCUGGUGGAGGCGGACGGCGCCUGGGUGGUCAAGAUGUUCUACAGCUUUCAGGACAAGAGGAACCUUUACCUCAUCAUGGAGUUCCUGCCUGGAGGCGACAUGAUGACCCUGCUGAUGAAGAAGGACACUCUGUCCGAAGAGGCCACCCAGUUCUACAUCGCCGAGACGGUCCUGGCCAUCGACUCCAUCCACCAGCUGGGCUUCAUCCACAGAGACAUCAAACCAGACAACCUGCUACUGGACUCCAGGGGACACGUGAAGCUGUCAGAUUUUGGCCUUUGUACAGGACUGAAGAAGGCUCAUCGCACAGAAUUCUACCGGAACCUGACGCACAACCCGCCCAGCGAUUUCUCCUUUCAAAACAUGAACUCCAAGAGGAAAGCAGAAACCUGGAAGAAGAACCGGAGACAGCUGGCGUAUUCUACUGUGGGAACCCCGGACUACAUUGCUCCUGAAGUCUUCUUGCAGACGGGAUACAACAAACUGUGUGACUGGUGGUCUCUGGGGGUCAUCAUGUAUGAAAUGCUCAUAGGUUACCCGCCCUUCUGCUCUGAGACGCCACAGGAGACGUACAGGAAGGUGAUGAACUGGAAGGAGACCCUUGUCUUCCCACCCGAAGUCCCCAUCUCAGAGAGGGCCAAAGACAUGAUAUUAAAGUAUUGCACUGAUCCCGAGAACAGGGUUGGAGCUGUGAGCGUGGAGGAGAUCAAGAGUCAUCAGUUCUUUGAGUCGGUGGACUGGGAGCACAUAAGGGAGCGUCCCGCAGCCAUCUCCAUCGAAAUCAAGAGCAUUGACGACACCUCAAACUUUGACGACUUCCCCGAAUCGGACAUCCUUCAGCCAGGUUCGUCACUCGCUGCAGCCAAAGCAGGAAACACGAGCAUGUCCUCUCUGUCUGAAAGAUUGAGGCCCAUGAUUGCCAAUGCGACGGAGCCGGACUUUAAGUCGAAGGAUUGGGUGUUCCUCAACUACACGUACAAGCGCUUUGAGGGUCUGACUCAGCGAGGCACCAUCCCCUCAUACAUAAAGGCAGGGAAGGCCUGAGGCGUGGCGAGAAGAAGGAAAAAGGAAAGAGACGUUAACGGACACAGGGUCAGGCUGCCGAGCCCCACUGGCGCCGGAAGGCUGCGCCGUCGGGCCUCUCGGCGUAAAUUUAACCCUCAUCGCAAGUCAUUUAGUUCUGCUCAGCCGCCGCAAGAACGCCAGGCGCUCUGACAUGAAGGAGCGUUACCGCAUUACCUCGGUUGUUUAUAUCGCAUAUACACGCGCCGCCUUUAGCCACAGCUCUCAGGCCAGCUCACUAACUAGGACACUAAGUCAGCAUAUCUGCAUGUACAGUCUGGAGAGGAAUGAGGGGGAACUGAUUCGCAGCGACAGUUUCUCCUCCGGUGGCGAAAUGCCUUCUACUGAAGUCCCGCUCCAUACACUGUGGGAUGAGUUGGGAAGAUCAGGUACACUUCUCACUUGUUCUACCCACUUAGUGGACAUUGAAGGAAAGUUCCAGUAUGAUUCCAAGGGGUUUGGCACAGGCUUUGCAUUGUAGCAUCCAUUUUGAAAGCGUUAAGUGUGAACUAUCGUCCCUUUUUUAAUUUGGUGGUAGUUAGCAAAGUGAAAGUGGGUCCCAAUGGAAGCUCUGUUAGCAUCAACGGCUUCUGGGAUAAUUAGGAAUGUCGAGAGGGUUACAGCCUUUGUUUCAAAAUGGUCUAGGCUUGUUAGCGCUGCUAGUGGCGUAGCAAUUACUGUUAGAUGAAGUGUAAAACAUUUUUACAUUAUUUUUUUAUCACCAAAAAUUUCUCUCACGCUAACAACAGCCGUACUAAUUAGCUAUUGCAAUAAAACUAAGAUAAUGGACAUGGGGAAACGAGGUUAACAUCAACAUGUUAGCAAUGCCUGUAGUCGCUAAUGUUAGCUUUUAAUUCAAAUAUGACAAUCUGUAGACAAAAAAGAUGCAGGGAAUUAAGUGUAAAUAUUUGUAUUGUUAUAGAAGUAUCAUUUUUAACUGUAAUGGGUGGGCUGGAGAGGGAUUGCUGUUUUUAAGUGACCGUUAAAAUGAAACUCAAAAUUCCAAUCAUGCUGGAACCCUCCUUUAAUCCCCACGCUGGUGACUCUUAGGACAGCUCUUCCUCUGGCUGCUUUUCUCACAGAGGCACAACUCGUUGCCAGGAAACGCAUGACAGCGGUUUGCCCUGUGCUUGGUCUCGUGGGGGGGGGG